AAGCCUAAAAGCCAAUCUUCUUAUCUUCUCUACCAUCCUCAGAGCUUGAAGGAAGAUCUAAAUUAUUUGGUCUGACAGAAACAAGCAUGUAAAGGAGUCAAAGAAAGUUACCUUGAAGCUUUUCCUUGAGUAUAUAUAUGAUCCUCGUUGCUUUACUUUAGCAGGAGCCAGAAUUGAAGAUGAAGUAUAAUGAGAUCUCUCACUUCAGCCACCCACAACACAAGCUCAAGUUUGAGUACUCAGAGUCUCCAUUCAAGUGUGAUGGCUGCAAGGAGGCUGGUAUAGGCUCUAGCUACAAAUGUACGGUCUGUGACUUCGACCUCCACGUGCAUUGUGCUAUCCCUUCCCCCUCUAUCUCGCACCCUUUCUACACCAGGUGCUCCUUCCAGUUCAUGUCUCACCCGCCCGGCAACAUUUCUCGAUACUGCAAUGCCUGUGAGAAGGAUGUCACUGGCUUCAUUUACCACUGCAAAACUUGUGGUUUUGAUCUUCACCCAUGCUGUGCCAAGCUCCCGAUGGCACUCAGUGACGGUGAAAUCAAGCUCUACCUUUACAAGAAAGUGAGUUCAUCGUGUCAUAGGUGCGGACGGAAGGGAAGAAGCUGGUGUUACAGAUCUUCUUGUAAGAAGUACAAUCUACAUGUAGCUUGUGUGAAAGAAAUGCUUGAGGAAAGCUGGCAUGAAUUGUACUUUGGACGUGGGAAAUCUACCAAAUUGCAGACAAGAAUUCCUAGUCUUAAGAAUACUCUUCAGACUCAUCAUAACAAGAGCAAGGGCAAGAUGAAGAGUUGUUGUGAGAUGGCUGGUAUGGCCGUCCAAACUGUUAUAUCCGCGGUGCUGGGAGAUCCAACGGCUCUGAUUGCGGGGGUCAUCGGGGCCCUAAUAUCGGCAGCAUGAUGAUCAGUGAUAUCAAGUCAGUUAGGAUAGUAUUAGGAUCAGGCUUGUUUAGUAUGGACUUGUUUGAAUGAUAUCAGACCAUCAUGAAUCUCAUGAUAUCAUUUAGGUGUAGCUAAAACUCCAAAAGCCUAACAUGUUAACUAUUUCUCUAGCCAAAAGAAAAAGAAAUAGUAAUUUUUCUUUCAAGAA